AUGACUUCAACAACCACUAUUUUUACUAGUUUGAAUAAUAGGCAAAAGAGAUCUAAAAAGAAUAAAUCAAACCGUAAAACUAAUAAAAACAAAAAUAUCCUCUCAAACACUAAUAAUGCUCAAUUAUCUAAUUUCAAAAGACCAAAUAGUCCCCAUAUUAUAAAUUCCGCUACAAAUGCUAAUGUGAUCACUUUAAAUUCAGGUAGUUUGGUUGUUGGCUCUCUGAAUAAUUUGAAUACAAAAAACGAAACAAAUAUUCAUGCUAAUAGUCAGAACCUAUUAAAAGAUGAUAAAAGAAAUAAAUUCCAAAAAUUAUUAUCCAUAAAUGCCAGUACCACUGCUACUUCCAAUAAUAACAAUAAUAAUAGUAAUAAUGGUAACAGAACCUCCCUCAAAGGAAUUGAUUCAGACAUUCAUGACAACAUAAUAGAUGAUGAUACCGUUGCAAACCCAAAAAAACAUAAACCAAAGACAUAUCAAUUGGAAAUAAUGUAUCAUGAAGCAAGAUUUUGUAAUGACCUCAUACUUUUAAAUUUAGAAAAAAUUAAGGGAAUCAAAGAAGGUGAUUUAUGUGAAUUAAAAACUUAUAACCACAACUAUAAGAAUAAAAAUGAAAAUUCUUCAAAUAAAAAAAAAAUUUAUUUCAUCGCUAAAGAUUUUAGUGAAGAAUUAAGACAAAAAUUUAAAAAUUCCAAAAUCUCUAUCAUGUUAGGUCAAUUGCAAACAUUAUUAGACAUUCCAUCAAAAACCAAAGUAUGGGUCAAAGUUAAGGACAAAAACUUAUACGAAGUUGAUACUAUAGAAAUUAACAUUAAGGAUUGCUCACUGAAUAGAGGUGAUAUGUGGGUUUUAUCAUCAACCUUGGUUAACACUUGUGUGUUCAAUAAUCAGAAACUAUUAUUCUUAAAUUCAAUAAGAGGCACAGUCAAAGGUAUCUACAGGGAUGGUACAAAGUUGGGUUCAGGUUACAUUGGUGAAAGGACCAGAAUUGUAUUUAGGUCUGAAUCAGCUAGAUUAAUAUUCUUAAUUCAAAUAACUGAAGAAAUGUGGCAUUUUGAUGAAACUGGUGAACAGUUAUUUCAAAAAAUGAUAAAUUCUUUUUCCCUAAGAUAUUUAAGAAAUGGAAAGAAAUAG